UGUUUGGGACGAGUUCGAGAGCUUUCAGAGAUUUUUUUUGCUCUUCCUCGCCGAUCAUCUGCCGCGGCGCCGCCGGCACAGCCAUGCGUUCCAAAGGACCGGCUCGAAAACUCGCCACCAAACCGGCCGAGAUGAUGAGCGACGUCAUCGCCGUGUCGGAGGAGGUCGCUUACGAGCACUGCGACGAUGACGACGAAGACCACGUCAACGAUGAGGACAACAUCGACAACAUCAACAACAACGGCAGCGGCAACAGCAGAGCAGAUAUCGGCCGGACGGUUUUCGUCGAAUCCUCCGAACCGGAGGCUCACGAUCGCUUCACUCCUCCGCCACUACCCCAGCAUCGACUGCACCACGAUCACCACCACGAGCAUCGCCACGAUCAUCACCACGAGCACCACCACGAGCACCAGCAGGAGCAGCAGCAGGAGCAGCUGCAGGCAGUGUCGGAGCAAUCGGAGGCGGCAGCGGUGGGGGGGGCGGCUUCGGCGACCCAGGUGUUCGUGGUGGACGAAGCGCCGGUGCCCCGGGAGCUGGAGGUGCGCGAGUCGAGCGAGAGCGGCGCGGGGCUGCGCGUGUGGGCGCGCGGGGGCAUCGCGUCGGGCAAGCGCUACGGGCCGUACCCGCCCCACGCUGCCCGGACCCAGCACCUGGACGACCUCCGCCGCUGCUGGGAGGGCUCGCAGGGGAACAGCCCCCCCGCCAAGUUGUGCGAAGACCCGGGCCAGGACGACUCGGGAGCCUGGGUGAAGUAUGUGCGCUUCGCACAGGCGUGGGAAGAGGCCAACCUCGUAGCCUGGCAGAGCGGGGAGCAGAUGUACUACAAGGUGAUCAAGGAUGUGGAGCCGGGAGACGAGCUGCUCGUCUACAUGAGGGAGGAUUCGCAGUCUGGUGGAAGCAUGGCUCCCGACUUUGAUGACGAGCCGCGCUUCCGCUGCGGCGAGUGCGACGAGCUGUUCCGCUCGAAGCAGGACCUGCGGCACCACCAGCGCUUCUCGUGCCACAGCGGCAGCUCGGUGCUCGCCUCGCUCAGGCCCGAGAUCUCGCCGGCGACGCCGGACGCCGGGCAGAUCUACGAGUGCCGCGACUGCGACCGCAUCUUCCCCAAUGCGUACAGCCUGGAAAGGCACAUGGUGAUCCACACGGACGAGCGCGAGUACAAGUGCGACCAGUGCCCCAAGGCCUUCAACUGGAAGUCCAACCUGAUCCGCCACCAGAUGUCGCACGACAACGGCAAGCGCUUCGAGUGCGAGAACUGCGACAAGGUGUUCACCGCUGUGGCUUUCACGCAGGUGUUUACCGACCCCAGCAACCUGCAGCGACACAUCCGCUCGCAGCACGUCGGGGCGCGCGCACACACCUGCACUGACUGCGGCAAGACGUUCGCGACGUCGUCCGGCCUCAAGCAGCAUCGGCACAUCCACAGCACCAUCAAGCCCUUCAGCUGCGACGUGUGCCAGAAGUCCUACACGCAGUUCUCCAACCUGUGCCGGCACAAGCGCAUGCACGCCGACUGCCGCACGCAGAUCCGCUGCAAGGACUGCGGGCAGCUCUUCGCCACGGCCUCGUCGCUCAACAAGCACCGGCGCUUCUGCGAGGGCAAGGGCCACUUCGCCGCCUCGGCCGCGGCCGCCGCGGCCGCGGCCGCCCUCGCGUUCGGCGGCGCCGGCUCCAUGUACCCCCUGGGGCCGGCGCCUCCUCCCGGCUCGGCGCCGGACAAGGGCUCACUCGUGCCGUUUUCCCUCGCCAACCACGGCCACCACCACGGCCACCACCGCCACCACCACCACCACCCGCCGACGACCUUCGCGGAGCUGUUCCGGCAGGACGGCCACCACCACCACCACCUGCGGCAGCAGCAGCAGCACCACCACCACGCGGCCAUGGGGCUCACGUUCCCGGCAGCGUCCGGAUUUCCGUUGGCCGCGCACUUUCCGGGGCUCUUCCCGCCACCGCCGCUUCCUCCGCUGCCGCCGCAGCAGCACCAGCAGCACCAGCAGCAGCAGCAGCAGGCGGGGUCUCUGUCGAGUUUUUACUCGAGGCCCGAGUUGCUGCUCAAGAGGCUGUACGGAGAGGGCAGUCGGAGCCAGCAGCAGCCGCACAGGGACGAGGAGGGCCGCAGCGGUGGCGCGGCGGCGGCGGCGAUGCCGACGCAGCGGUCGCCGUCGUCGCCGUCGUCGCCUUCGCGCCCCGUGGCCCACGGCCCCGCGGUGGACGUUGGGGAGAAGAAGCGAGCCGGGGAUGCGCAGCGGCGCACGUCCACGGGGGAGCUGUCGGAGAUGAGCGACGAGAUGACGGAGGGCGACGCGGACGAGGACGAGGAGGAUCGCGAGGAAGAAGACGAGGACGAGGAGGAGGAAGAGGAGGAGGAUGAGGAGGAGGAUGAGGAAGAGGAGGAGGAAGAGGCCGGACUGAGCUCGCUGGUGGGCAGCGACCUGGAGCCAACGACGGGCUCGGAGGGCGACACGGACGCGGAGAAGGAGGAGCGGAGGAAGAAGCGGCGGGCGGACGCCAUCAAGAUGGAGGGAGGCAAGGCGGCCGCGCCGGCGACCCCGCCUCGCAACGGCCUCCUCGGCGGCAGCUCUGGCAAGAAGCCGUUCUUCUCCCGGCAGCCGCCGUUUGCGCUCCCCUUGUCGGUGGCCAACCAGCAGGGCUCCGCCACCUCCUCGUCGUCCUCCUCCACCGGGGUCGUCGGCUCGGUCAACGACUCCAUCAAGGCCAUCGCCUCCAUCGCCGAGAGGUACUUCGGCACGAGCCUCGUGGGCUUCUCCGACAAGAAGAUGGCGCACCUGCCGUACCCUUCCGUCUUCCCGUUCUCGUUCAUCCCGGCGUUCCCCAACUCGGCGUUCCCGCUGGGCGAUGCCGCCGCGGCGCUCGAACGCUCCUCCCUCGCCGCGAAGGCCGAGUCGGCGGCGGCGGCCGCGUUCGCCGCCGAGUCUCCCUGCGACCUGCGCAAGCGCCGCGUGUCGGGCGGCGGGCGGGCGCCGGCGCCGGCCGACGCGGCCGACCGUGGCGGCGGCCGCGACCGCGGCGGCGCUCCGACCUCGCCGCACGGCCGCCCCCCCUCACGGCGGGGGGCCGACGAGCAGCCGCUGGACCUGAGCGUGACCGGGCGCAACCGCGGCGGCGGCGGCAGCGUCGGCAAUGGGCAGCGGCGACCCGAGCCGCACAGGAACCACGUGUUUGGAGAGUGGGGCGCGCCCCCACCGGCCCCUGCGCUGGCGCAGCACCCCUUCCUGCAGUACGCCAAACCGUCGCCCUUCUUCAUGGACCCCAUCUACAGUAGGGUAGAGAAGAGAAGGCAGAUGGAACCGAUGGAGUCACUCAAGGAGAAAUACCUUCGACCAUCACCCAACCUGCUGCUUCAUCCCCAGCAGAGCCUGGGACCGUCGUCGGUGCUGCCCGGGCCGAUGGGCGGCGGCGGCGGGAUGCACAAGGUGGCGGAGAAGUUGGAGCGGCUCGGCAGCCUCUCCCUCGAGUCGGCGGCGGCGGUGGCGGCCGCCCAGAGCCUGCGGCCCGCCGUGCCGCACCACCACCAUCACCACCACCACCACGCGCCGCCCUUCGACUUCCGCACGCCCUCGUCCGUCCUCACCGACGCCAUGCUGCGCAAGGGCAAGGAGCGCUACUCGUGCCGAUACUGUGGAAAAAUCUUCCCGAGAUCGGCGAACCUGACGCGUCACUUACGGACGCACACGGGCGAGCAGCCAUACAGGUGCAAGUACUGCGACCGCUCGUUCAGCAUCUCGUCCAACCUGCAGCGGCACGUGCGCAACAUCCACAACAAGGAGAAGCCCUUCCGCUGCCCCCUGUGCAGCCGCUGCUUCGGGCAGCAGACCAACCUGGACCGCCACCUCAAGAAGCACGACACCGACAGCGUGUCAGGCACGGCCGGAUCUUCUCCGAGCUCGGACCGAGAGGUCGGCUCCAUCCUGGAGGAGCGGGACGACUCGUUCUUCUCCCAGAUCCAGAACUUCCUGAGCGAAGGGCAGUCGCACCUUCCGGGCUCCCAGCUCCUCGCAAAGCAAGCGGUCAUGCCGGGGCACGGCCAGAAGGAGACCGAGGCUCUGUCCAAAGCCGAGCGAGAGCGCACGAGGGGCGAGAGGGGUGGAGGGAGCGAGCGCGACGGCGCGAGGAAGAAGAACACGGCGGUGGUCCGGCAGGACGAGGAGCAGGCCGAGGGUCGGGGGUCGCGGUCCCCUCGUCGCCACGAUGACAGAGACGACGGCGGUGGCAAGGACGCAGGCCAGGAGGACGGGCGGCCGCUCUCCAUUUCGUCGAGCCCGGAGUCGCUGCUGAGGUGCAGCCCGAGCCCGCUGCACGAGAAGCCGCUCUCGGCCCUGGAGCAAAUCGCCCGCUUCACCGACGGCCUGUCGUUCCGGCCGGCUGGUGAACUCCGACCUCCCAGCGGAUCCGCUCUGACCUUUAACCCCAACCCGCUGACCCCCGAGCCAGACUCGCAGCCCUCUCCUUUCCGGCAGAACAAGACUCAGACGUAUGCCAUGAUGCUGUCGCUGUCGGAGGACGAAGGCGGCCGCCUGGGGCUCCCCAAGUCCGCCGAGGGGUGGCCGCGCACGCUCCCGCCGUCGGCCGAGAACGGCGCCGCUCUGGCCGCAAGCCACGUCUAGUGGUGGUCGCGCCGCCGCCGCCGCUGGGGGGGGGGGGGGGUGGCCGGGGGGUGCUCCCUGGUCCCGACGGUGGGAAGCGUGAGCCGAGAAGAUUGGAACGACGCCACCACGUCCCCUACUGCGUUGCUCGCAGCCGUCUCGGGAAGGCAUCCGUCCCCUCCGCCCCCCCGCGCGCUUGCUUGGUGCGGCCUCAUCGCAGCGCGCUAGGGCUUGCGCGUUGCCGCGUGGCUACGAAGCGGCGGAGAUGGAGGGGGGGGCAGCACUUGGCGUGAGCGAGUCCGCCAUCUUGUUUUUUGUGAGCCUGCGGGGGGGGGGGGGGGGUCACGGGGGGCCUCCGAGGUAAUCGCCGUCUCGAUCAAGAACAAGAGGCAGCAAAUAUGUGGGGAGUGUUAAUGCCCCAAGCCUCCGUUAGAAGUAUAAACGUAACAGUCGUAAAUGAAGAAUCUAAAAUUUAACAACGAAAAAUUAUCAUUGCAAUGUAAAACUUGACUUUUGUUGGGACCAACGCUGCACUUCCAAAUUCCACUUUUGCAUGACCAAGAAAGGAAGAUUGUCCCACCUUUGUUUCCAUCGCCGAUGAUUCCAGUGAAAUCGUGGGGACCGAAUGCAGUCUCCCCGCAGCGCUGUGCGAGGUUGCCGUCGUGCCGUUUGCUCGCCGAGCGUGAAGACGACAGCGGCCUGCGCUGGGGUGGGUGUCCGGUGAAUCCUCCUAUCCGCGCUCGCUCUUCUGUGAAAGACAAAUCCAGGCCUCCCCCCCCCCACUCGCCUCUUCUGUGCGGUCACUCACACUCGUGUCUCGGCGACAGUAAACGUGUUAUUUAUUCGUGCUCGUGGUAUUUGUGACGCCUGUAAAAACUUUCCCCUCGCGCCAGUUUUUCUUUGUUAAUUGGGGGGGGGGGGGGCGGAAUUCUUCACCGAUGAUGGAUCACACUUCACGGAAUAUGGGCCCAGUUUUAUUUCAUUUUUUUAUGCAAGUGUGUUUUUUUAUAUAAAUAUAUAGAAACAUAUACAAACACAUUUUAUUUUGUGCUUCACAAUUCCAGCAAGUUGCGGCACAGAUCUUUACAGCGUUUGCACGACGUUUAGAACGGUUAUAAUGCACACAGUGGCCAAAUAAUGAAGAUUUCCCGCCAAAAACACAUCCUACAGGAUUCCGCCGAUAUCAUUAAUGGGACCUCGCGGCAUCGGAAAACCCCAAUGGGAUUGGGUGACAUUUCUUAAGGACCCCCCCUUGUAAAGGAAAGAGCAUUUGUGAAAAUUAACGCACAGCGUGUUGCCUUACGAGUACGCCCUGCUAGGAUUUGCAAUGUUUUUAUUUGACACAUUGGGUAUGAAAUGCCUUUUAAUUACAACACAGGACAGUAUUUAACAUUUCUGCAUUAGGUUUCAUUAAUGAUUUUAACUGGAGAGAGAGAGAGAAAAAAAAUCAAACGGACCAAAAAAAAAGUGACGACUAAAAUUACAAAUUGUGCUCCAUUUCAGCUGAUGAGGGUUAAUCUGAGUUGGGAUGAGGGUCUCCAGUCUGAGAUCGAGUCUCACUUUCUCUCUCUCAGGGUAGUGUAUAGCAAACCCCCCAGCGUCCGCUGUAACGUCAUUCAACCUUCACAUCGCCGAGUGGAAUUGGCCCGAGGCCACACGCCAAGCUGCCCGGGGCCCUAGCGAGCAGCGUUGUGCGUUGAAAAAACACCACCGCUGCCGUUCGGGCAAGUAGACACGCGAUUCUGCAAUGAGCGAGCCAGCGGGGGCCACGGCCCACUCUUUCACCCGCGAGAUUUUGUAGCUUUUCAUGUCGGUUGCAACGCUGCGGUUGCCGAGUUGUUUUAACGGUUUUAAACAAAAAAAAGAAUUUAAACUUUUUUUUUAUAUACAUGUAUAAGUUUCCCACUCGUAUUGAUAUCACAGUGUCGAUGUCCCACUCGUGCUAUUUGCCUCCAGAUUAAAAGAAACAUUCGCUCAGAGCGUCGGCGGAUUAUUGCAUCCGACGUUCGUCUGCGCGCGUUUUGAUUAUUCCCAGCGCAGCGAAGCGUCAAGGGGCACCGCCGCGAGAAUUCAAUCGGCGUGCUGGCGGCGCGAACGGGAAAAUUAUCCGAAAAGUAAUUGUACGCUUCGAGCUAAAGCAACACACACACACGCAAAACGAACUCCUGCUGACAUUGCGCUUAUUUGUCCAGAAAUUUGCCAAAUGUAGCAGAAGGUGGCGGGGAGUGGGGGGUUAAGGCUCCACUGGUCUCGGCUGACACCCGAUUCGAUGGGAUUUCGACGCGGGUUUUUUGUAUGUGAGAAUUUCUCAUGGAGGGUUGAUUCCGAUGGCCAUGAGCUUUAUUAAGAGCCUAUGUUGCCAACGACGGGUUUUCAUUGAAGACAAGUCGCAUCUUCGGCGUCGUCUGGUCUUAAGUGUCAUUGGAAACACAUUUUUUUACGCGCGUGCGCACGUGCGUAUGUGUGAAAUAUAAAGAUGUGGCAGCACAUUCACAAGAGUUGCAUCUGCUACCCAAAAGCGUGUAAAGUUGUUGUGUGUGUCUGUCUGUGUGUGUCUGUGUCGGCCUUGCACGCUUUCGGCGAACACGAAUUUCGUUUGGGAGUGCUUUUCGUGAGCACACGCAGAACAUGUCAAAAUUCCUUCAUGAAAAAUGCUGGGGGUUUUUUGCCUUGAAUAUAGUAGAGACACAGUACGGUUGGUUCAAUCAUGAAAAGGCAGUUCCUCCUAAUAUUUAUACAUUUCCUCAAAGGACUUGUGAGGGAGUGUCAUUAUAAUACGUAAACUGUAUAUUAAAAAAACGUGUGUGUGUGUGUAUAUAUAUAAACUGAAAGGUAACACGUACUAAGCCAACACGCAAAUACGUUGUGAUCCAUCGCUCAUAACAAAUAAAAUAAAACGUACAAAUCUCAACAAUCAAUCUCACGCAACAGUUCAUAUGACGGCAGUUAUAAUACAUCUGGCAAUCGAUGCAUUUUUGCGGUUUCAAAAAUCACUCUGAACAACUAGCCGACAAAGCACCGUGUAAACGUCCCCCACCACCCCCUGCAUUAUAUUUUGGGGACCAAACGUGAUUUGUCUUUGCGUCGUCGUUCUGAUCAGGGCGAUGGAUGGAUGGAUGGUGAUCUUUGGGCGGCGGGAAUAGAAUCAAGUUGCGAGCGACCGUUUGUUUUAAAAAGGGACAAUCAUGCUUGUUAUUGUUGUUGUGUUCACCGGAUGAUUUGUCCGGGAGAUGCUUUUACGCGGGAGUGUUUCAGUCCGUCUUCCUCCGUGCGCUGGGUUCGGCCUUUCGUUCGGCGUGCUUUGUACUUGCAUCCACCCGUACGUCACCAUGAAAGAAACUACGAUGGAUUGUGGUUUUUUUUUUUGGUGUUGAAACAUUUGAUUAUUAUUAUUGUCAAACUCGUGAGCGUAUAGUGCCAAAUCAAACAUUUAAAAUCUAGACUUGAUUUGAUUAAAAAGUUAUAUCAACAACAAAAUCUCCACACGGCUGAGGUACAGGACAGCUUUCACGUGUCCUUAAUGCGUAGCUUCUCUUUAUAAACAUAACCAACACACACAAAUCCCUAUUAUUUAAAUGUUUCUCCUUCCUCUGUACAGUAACCUGUGUUUGUUAAUAUAUAAAGUGUUUUAAAACGUCCACUUUUUGUUGCUAAAUACCUCAUUUUUACAUUACUCGUUCCUGCUCUCUUGGGCCGAGGCCACGAUGUGAAAACAGAACAGGCUUCACACGAAAUUGCCGUCUCAGUCUGCUUCUUAUCCAGAGGAGUUUGAGAGGACUCUUCCCCUGUCUCCUCUUAUCAGGUAUAUACUGUGUACAUAACAUCAUUCAUACUUUACCACGCUAAUUCCGACUUUUAAUGCAAUGCAUUGUACAUUAGACAAAAGGUAAUUUAGAGAUUAACCUUAUCACCUUAAUUACUGGCAUAUUCUCUUGUUUGUGGGGGUAGGGGGGGUCAAAGUUACUUGCUGAAAAAACACCUCUCAGCACCUCCAACCGAUCCGAGAAAGCCUCCACGAGCCUCAAGACUUAUUUCCAGGAGGGAGGGUCCUGCAUUGAGGAUGUUUGGCCAAUUCCCAUGAAACAAGUGUUUGGGUUUAUUGCGGGACACGUGGCACCGAGACUGGACCACUUGGUGAAAACCCAACUUCCACACUUAAAACUCCGCACGGAUAGAUUCAAGAAUCCAUUGCUGUUAAAAUGGUAAACGCCUCGCCUCAAUCAAGGGGGCAAGACCCCCCCACCUCCACUUUGUAAUGAGAGUGUCUCUUAAGCAGUGGUAGCAAUUCCACAUUCCCAUGGCGGAGAUCAUGUAUAUCCAUAUGCUGACAAAUAGUAAAAACAUUUAAUUGGUACCUUAAAUAUGAUAUCAUCCACCACCUUAGACGCGAAAUGAGUUUAAUGUUUGCAGCAACUGCGUUCAGUUUUUUUUACACUUUUACAUCGCUCCGAUCAAUAACGUGCCAUCAGCUGAAAUGCACGCUUGCAGGAUUUAUCUCAGAAUUCACGCCCCUUGCACGGCUUGCUCUCAUUACCAUUUAAAAAUGCUGAUGCAGCGAGCAAGCAUCAAGGUUGACAACACUUUUAAAAAUAAAAAUGCUGACUUGGCUACGGCGCGUGAACAGACGAAGCAUGACGAGCCAUCCUCCUGUAUUCUCUGUGGCCUGUACGUACGUUGAACUUCUUUCACACCGUACAUAGCCAGCCGUGCUCAUCGCAGGUGGCGAGCCCCGUGAUAAUUCUGACGUCGGUGAAUAACAAGUGCAGCCAAGAAGUGGGAUAAACCUCGCCGACAGGCAGGACAAAGAUUCCAAUACUAAUCAUCGUCAUCAUCCUGAGCCAUGACCAAUCCACUGCUGGAUGAAGGCCUCCCCAAGCCGUCCGUCGCCAUCUCUCACGGUCUUGCGAUGCAACAAUCCAUCAGGCACGACCCGGUCAACAUGCCAAUGUUAGGGCAACGUUGAUCCGUCAUCGCGACUCGGGCCACUCGAGGGAGACGAACUUGGAGAGCCAGAGGAGCCACUUGGUUCUCACCGCACGGAGGUGGUUCACGCACCGCGCCGUGAGCCCGGUGACCCGAGUUUGAAUCCCAGCCGUGGCUAACAUCAGUGGCGGAGGAGAUGUCUCAUUCGGUUCUAGGCACCCCCAACGCGCGCCCACCACCCUACCCACCUCCCCCACUUCACCAUUGACCAGCAUGGGGAAGUAUGGUCACACAGCCCCCAAGACUGACAUGGGGGCUAUAAAGUGACGCAUUUUUACGCAAUCUAUAAAAUACGUUUGAGUAAAUUAAAAUGAAAAAGUAACACAAAGUUAAAUGCUCAAAGUAUGGAAUUCAUGCGGCUGGUGUUUGUGUUGUUGGCUAAGAGCCAUUCGUUUUGCCUCUUGCUCAAUCGGCGUUGCUUUCGUGCCAGCGCUUGUGGCCCGUUUCCUCCCCCGACACGCACCUGCAUGUGGCCCACUCCCUUCACCAUUGACCAAGUCGGACGCGUAAAGCUUCAUCUGUGCGCCCAGCGGGGUCGCGCUAUGUCUGCCUGGGAGGUGAAGACGGGGGCUGUUGCUGUGUUCAGCACUGGCUGAUAUAAUCGGCAGGCCAGUGCGUUCGCGUCAUGCCCCCCCGAAUGCCAAGGAGGUCUGGAUGGACCCGGUUGGUCAGGGAGUGCUGGAAUGGGGGGGGGGGGGCUUUGAGUUGGUGGUAGAUGGGUGGAUGGGAUUGCUGCUGGUGGCAAAUCCCAGCUCUUGUAACAACUGCCCUGAUGUAUGCCACUAACCCAAGGGCCUCUCUGCUCCGUUGAUAUUUAACAAAUAUUGUGGCAAUUGUCAACAGAUUAGGGAACGUCAAGACACGCGCGGAGUUACGUAAGCUCUCCAGCAUGCGUCUGUCCCCGUAAGAAUCUUUGAUUAGUAGUACAGAAGCUAACGGGAGCUUGCCAAAGCUCACCGCGUUUUCAAUUUUGCAAUUAGUCUUCUCUGCUCAGGUUUCUGUCUCCCUUGUUUUGGGCAGCCCUUCCUUUGAUCAGUGUUGGGCAGUUUUCAAUAAGCCAAGUCACACUUAACAGCACAAUUUUAUUUUCAAGUUGUGUUCACAUUUUAUCAUCUUUAUGAAGAGAGUUAUUGGCGGACCCCUUAUUACGGAGUGAAUACGUAAACGCUUUCAAGCAAGAACAUUUUUUUUAAACUAGAACAUUGAAGUCAACCGUGGCAUCCCGUAUAACAUCGUAAAAUAAUCUAAAAUACAAAGUUAAAAAUAUCAUGCUUCAGUGAUUUUUAUAUGGAAUAAAUGCUUUCAGCGUGUUUAAUAAUUCACAAGUCUGUACAUAUUGAGGAUAAAUAUAAAUGAUGCAUCUCAUCGGUUGAAAUUGUGUUAUUUGUUAUGAAUUAAACAUGUAGAAAUUACGUUUUAAUUAGCCAGAGGGCCCUGCGAAAUGUAUUCAGCGCUUUGGAGACGAGGGUUGGUGAAUCGUGUUGAGAUUCGUGAAAUUCCCAAAUCCGCCGCAUAGGCCAUACUAUCGCCAGGAUGUGAAAGUACAGAAAAUGGAUACUUGGAUCGAUAUUUGUGGAGACUCGAGUUAUCCCCCCCCCCACCCCCUCUCUGUACCUGUGGGUUUUAUACUGGACAUCUGUGAAAUUACUGGACAUCUGUGAAAUUACUGGACAUCUGUGAAAAAAGCUUUAUAGCUCAUCGGAUUCCUCCAGGAUAAAAACAUAACACUUCAGAUUUCUCUACACACACAAAACAAUCGUUGUUGGAAUUGGCCAAACAACGCCAUGCAGAGAAACCCCUCCGUGAUAAAGCGUCUAACGACUCGGCGAAGUUCUGCCGGGAAAAUAAAGGAUACAGACUCCUGGCAGUGCACGUGUUGGCGAUCAUCUCUCGACUAGUUCAACGUUUGACCGAGAAACUCACGCCAGCCACAAAUUCACAAAAUUUCAAGUUUUUUUGUAAGUCUUUGUAAACAUUCUACAGGGUUUCGUGAUGAUUCUUCUGAGAUGCUCAUCUUGUCGGACACCAAUAGCCAUGUGAAGUAUUGUUCUCGCUGUUCUGUCGUAAGUUCCUUGAAACAAAUGUAAAACAGUCGUGUUUUCCCGCGUUCAAAUAAUAAGAAUCAGUCCACACCCCCAUUUCCCCCUGCUGUAAUGUCAUUAAGAACCCCUGGACUGCGAUAAGAUUUCAGAUUCAUUCGCGGAGCCUGUAAAACAUUGAGGAUGCAUAAGUAUUGCUCGAUCGUUGAGUGAAAAGGCAGGCUUACGUUUAAUUGUACAUUUUGGUUCCCCAUAAUCUUCUACGACGGCGUGUAAUGAGUCGUCUGUGAGUAAUCUGUUUUAAUUAAGGGAAGAGAUUAUUCGGUGUUCUUGGGAGAUUUUUUGUUGUUGUUCAGCCAGAUACACUUUCACUUGUCACCACUUUCAAAGGUGCUUUUUAAACUUAGUGCUAUGAUGUGCUACUGAGUGUUUUUGUAACAUAAUGUAAAAAAAAGUCAUAAAUGUACAAAAAUAUAUAGCGGCCCAAUUAAAGAUUUUUUUUUGAAAUGUGAAACUGUGCAACCCCCCCCCCCCCCCCCCCGGUGUUUGGAAUGAAGAACACUUUGUGACUGUUCCGCUGUGUGUGUAAGAAGCUUGAAAUAAUAAUUAUUAUUAUAGACAGUUACUGUAAUUCCACUGUGUUAUAUAGCUAACGCAAUGAUACGACUGUACACAAAUCAUUUAGCGUAGAUUCUCCCCGUUUGAUCCUUUGUCAAUAAUGCAUGUACCUCCAAACGGAACAUGAAAUGUACUUUUCUUUUCUGUAGAAAGCGGUCGUAAUUUCAAAACAAUUGUCUUAGACAUUGAUUUUAAUGAUUAAAA